GAAUACUUAUUAUCACACUCAACUCAAUUUGAGCACCCCUUUAAGAAACAGACCAUGCCUGAACAGCCUACUACUUCAUUUGGCUUGUUUGUAUCCCUGAACAGAGCAAUACAAACAAUUAGUCAGACAAUAGUUUUUGAACUCCAAAUGAAGUCUUGCUUCCCUUCAGUAUACUGCAUAUCCUCCAUCUUUAUCAUUUGUUAAUCAUCAACAUAGGUUGGUUGUCUAUAUUGAUUUGCAGGAUUGCAAUGACUGACAGACUGAUUGCGAGCCAGAUCUCUAGCAUAGUUAUUCACUCCUUUACACUUUCUACUGCCAUUGAGCCCCACACAAAUCUUUUCCAGUCCAUGAUGCACCGUCCAUAUUGAGCAUCUAAUAUUGCUCAAAGGGCUUACACCCCAUGAUCAUCGUGGAUAGGAUGGUUGGACUCGUCCCCACCAUUCACCGUAUUAGAUCGUUUGAAAGCUUUCAUACCAAUUGAUGCUGAAUCAAAAUGAAAACCUUAGACAAGUUGGGAAAAUUAGAAAAAAAUCUCUAAAAAAUUUAUGAAUGUUCAACCAUAACCAUUGAGUGGCUGCAUUGCAAUGAUUAUUUAUGAAGAUAUUCUCAACUUACUAAGCAAGGAAAAGGCAAAAGAACCAAAUAAGAUUCCUAAUUAAUGAAAUAAUACGAGGUAAUCAUGACAAGAAAACAUACUAUACUAAUAAUCACUAAAUUAGGAAGUGAUUAUAGGGAUAAUCAAAUAUGUGCUGGUGAUAAUCACUCACAGACUCUCCUUCUAGAAGGAUCACGGUUAUAUUCUUCGCGUGAAAGGAGAUUCACCUCCUUCGCACGACUUCACCGUCGAUCUUCUGCCCGCUUUAAGAGCCGUGGAGGCGGAUGCGUAACGGAGUUGGGACUUGGGAGCGGUUUGAGAGCUGUGCCGUGGGUGAUCCAACGGUGGACGCGAAGGCGCAAGGAUUCAACCGCGAUGCCCUUCUAGAAUCGGGACGGUAGAAAAGCGCGCGGAGAUACCAAAAAGCCAUUCCCAACACCACCACCUCCUGUUUCCUUCCCCUUUGCUCUCCCUUUCCCAAGACGAGGGAGAGGCUGGCGAAGCAGGAGCGAAACCAAUAGAAACGCCGCGAGGAAACCGAGAGAGUGUCAACAGUGAGCCAUAGCAGGACUCGACAAGCCCGAUCGAUAUCGUAGCAGUAUAAUUCACUCGAAGAAAUCGGGGAUAGAAAAAUAGGAGGGAGGAGGAGAUCGAGGCGAUGAACGCUAUUCAGGUGGAUGGGGACACAAUCCGGCGAACCUUGGCGGCCUCAGGCCCCUAUCUCCUCUGCUGCCUUGUCCUCUUGGUUCUUUUGGAGCAGCUCUCCUACCUCUGGAAAAAGGGGCCCCUCCCCGGUCCCCACUUUAUCGUCCCCUUCCUCGGCAGCGCCGUGCCUAUGGUCAUCAACCCCACCAGGUUCUGGAAUCGGCAGGCCGCCCUUGCCAAGUCUUCCGGCCUCGGCUUCUCCGCCGACUACCUCGUCGGCCGCUUCAUCCUCUUCAUCCGAUCCACGGACCUCUCCCACAAGAUCUUCGCCAAUGUCCGGCCCGACGCCUUCCACCUGAUCGGCCACCCCUUCGGCAAGAAGCUCUUCGGCGAGCACAACCUCAUCUACAUGUUCGACCAGCAGCACAAGGACCUCCGCCGCCGUAUCGCCCCCAACUUCACCCCCCGCGCCCUUUCCACCUACCUCGCCAUCCAGCAGCACGUCAUCCUCUCCCACCUCCGCCGCUGGCUCGCCCUCUCCUCCCGCUCCAAGCCCCUCAGCCUUCGCCUCCUCUGCCGCGAUCUCAACCUUGAGUCCUCCCAGACCGUCUUCGCCGGCCCCUACCUCACCCCCACCGCCCGCGACCAGUUCAACCGCGACUACAAUCUCUUCAAUGUCGGCCUCAUGGCCAUCCCCUUUGACCUCCCCGGCUUCGCCUUCCGGCGCGCGCGCCUCGCCGUUGCCCGCCUCAUCCAGACCCUCUCCGGCUGCGUCUCCCAGAGCAAGGAUCGGAUGCGCGCCGGCGAGGAGCCUUCCUGCCUUGUUGACUUCUGGAUGCAAGACACCCUCCGAGAGAUCGCCGAGGCGGAGGAUUCCGGCGUUCCCCCGCCGCCGGAGACCGGCGACCUCGAGAUCGGCGGCCACCUGUUCGACUUCCUCUUCGCCGCCCAGGACGCUUCGACCUCGUCACUGCUGUGGGCGGUGGCGCUGCUGGAGUCCCAUCCGGAGGUGCUCGAGAUGGUCCGGGCGGAGGUGGCGGCGCUGUGGUCGCCGGAAUCCGGUGCCCCCAUCGGUGCCGAACAGCUCCGAGAGAUGCGGUACACCGAAGCGGUGGCUCGGGAGGUAGUGCGGAUCCGUCCGCCGGCGACGAUGGUGCCGCACAUCGCCGGCGAGGCGUUCCCGCUAACGGAUUGGUACACGAUCCCCAAGGGGGCGAUUGUGUUCCCGUCUGCAUAUGAGUCGUCGUUCCAGGGGUUCACUGAUCCGGAGCGCUUCGACCCGGACCGUUUCUUGGACGAGCGACAGGAAGACCGGGUCUACAAGCGCAACUUUUUGGCCUUCGGGGCAGGGCCCCACCAGUGCGUGGGCCAGCGCUACGCCAUCAACCACCUCGUCCUCUUCAUCGCCAUGUUCGUCUCGCUGAUCGACUUCAAGCGCCACAGGACGGACGGCUGUGAUGACAUCGCCUACGUUCCCACCAUUGUACCCAAGGAUGAUUGCCAGGUGUAUCUCUCGCGACGCUGCAACUCCUCCUGAUCUGCGCUGUUCUAUUGGCCUCUCUCUCUGUGGGCGGUCGAUUUAUUUAUUUCUUUUUAGAUGUUCCAUGGUCUGGACUCUGGUGUUUGGUGGUGACGAUUGCUGCGCAACAGUGUCUGAAAUGGAACGCUUGGACGGGUAUCCGAGUUUUGUGCUUGUAAACGUACAAAGGGCAUCAAACGCAUGGAGGAAUAGCGUGCAAGGUCUCGUCUAUUCUAUGUGGUUUUCGUUGUCCUCAUCUGGUCAUUCAAUGUUUAUUUCCUGUGAUUUUCUGUGGGUUCUUUUCUUUUUCAAAAUUUCGAAUGGAUUCAAGUUC